AUGGGGAAUGUUGUGGAGCAGUAUCAGCUCAAAACGUGUAUCUUGCUGGGAAAUCUAAGUUCUCAUUUUGGGCUCCUUGGAAACAAAACCUUCGACUAUGCCGUGGUGGGUGGAGGUACUGCUGGUCUGGCCAUCGCCACCAGGCUUGCAGAAGACUCUUCAAAGUUGGUAGCUUUCAUUGAGGCUGGGCGCUUUUACGAGAUUGGCAACGGGAACUUGAGCCAGAUCCCCGUUUACGCUCCUGCUUUCAGUGGAAAAUCGCCAUUCGACAUAGCUCCUUUGGUGGAUUGGGCGUUCCUCACAACGCCACAAACGGGAUUUGACAAUCAACCCACUCACUACACCCGGGGGAAAUGUCUGGGUGGAAGCUCUGCUCGCAACUACCUGACAUAUCAAAGACUGAGCGCGCAAUCCUUGCAGCUGUGGGCCGACACGGUCGAUGAGCAAAGUUAUACUUUCAAUAACUUCGUGCCGUAUUUUGAAAAGAGUCUGACUUUCACCCCACCGGUCGCCAGUCUCAGAGCCGCAAAUGCUACACCAGAGCAUUUUCCUCUUGGGCACAAGCUUCAUUCAAGCAGCUGGGCAUCCAACCCAUUAAAGGUUUCACAAAGCGGCAACAUCCUGGGUUCCUCCUACCAACUCCUGAAAAUCGAUGGCCAGACAACAUUACGGGACUCUUCCGAAACUUCUUUUCUCCGUAAGAAUGGCCUCAGACGUCCCAAUCUGAUAGUCUACCAAUCCACCCUCGCCAAACGUAUCAUCUUCGACAACGCCAAAACCGCUGUGGACGUUGAGGUUGAUAUUGGCAAUCUCGGAGGCAUAACCUUCAUCCUCUCUGCAACGACAGAAGUCAUCAUCUCUGCUGGCGCUUUCCAAUCCCCCCAACUCCUCAUGGUCUCCGGCGUCGGCCCGGCCGCCACAUUGCGCCAAAACAACAUCCCAGUAAUUGCUGAUGUACCCGGCGUAGGCCAAAAUAUGUGGGACCACAUCCUAGGCGGGCUCUCCUACCGCGUCAACGUACUCACCACUUCCGAACUUGGCAGCCCCGCCUUCUCCGCCCAAGCUGCCGACCAAUUCCACGCCUCCCCCCCACGAGGCAUGCUCACCAACAGCGGCGCCGACCUCCUCGCCUUCGAAAAGAUCCCUCAACAACUCCGCUCCAACUUCACUCCCUCCGCCCUCGCCGACCUCGCCAAGUUCCCCGCCGACUGGCCCGAGCUCGAAUACAUCCCCACCGCCGCUCGAGGCCCCCACCGACGGCUACAACUACGCCACCAUCGCCACCGUGCUGGUCGCGCCCUUCUCCCGCGGCAACGCCGUCGCAGUCGCCGGCUACAAGCGCGCCCGCGCAUUCUUCGAAGCCUCAGCCAUGAAGCCCGUCCUCAUCGGCGGGGAAUACUUCCGCGGCGCGAACGCGCGAGCGUCACUUCUGACCGGGCCAUUCUGGAGUUUAUCCGCAAGAGUUUCAGCACCGUCUUCCACGCUAGCUGUACCUGCAAGAUGGGGAACAGCAGCGACGCGAGCGCGGUGUUGGAUGCCAGGGCGAGGGUCAGGGGGGUCAAGAACCUGAGGGUCGUGGAUGCGAGCAGCUUUCCCAUCUUGCCGCCGGGCCAUCCGGUUGCGACCGUUUACGCGCUCGCGGAGAAGAUUGCCGAGGAUAUUAAGAGGGGCGGGGCAUAA